UAUACGAUUGGAGUUAUACUUCUAAACCAAAAUGCCCCAUCCAAUAAAUGACACCCCUCAUUGAAUAAACAGGACCAUAUAAUUAGCCGGCUUUUCAACAAAGAGAAAAGCAUAUGCACAAGAAGUAUAUUCUUACGUAUAUUUCUUAAACUAUGAACAAGAAAAAACUUUGGCCGAUCCAAAACGAGAUGGUGCUUUAAUUUACCCGACUAUUUACACUCAAAAUAACCUAUAACAUAAUUUGGCAAUCAAAACAAUAAUUUAACAUGAGCGAACGUAAGGUUGUGCUAAUCACUGGCUGUGCCAAAGGAGGCAUUGGAUAUGAGUAUGCCAAAGCAUUUGCCGAGCAAAACUGCCAAGUCAUUGCCUCAGACAUCUCUCACCGCAGACAAGACUUGUCCGAUCUACCUUCGGACAAGGUCCACAUACUGGACCUCGAUGUCACAUCCGAUGAAAGUGUAGCAUCGGCGGUGAACACUGUCAUAUCCAUGUAUGGAAGGCUAGACAUUUUGGUCAACAAUGCUGGGAUAGGAAGUACAGGUCCUCUGGCCGAGCUUCCAUUGGAGACAAUAAAAAAAGCCUGGGAAAUCAACGCUCUGGGGCAGCUGCGAUUGGUACAAGAAGUGGCUCCCCACAUGGCUUCCAAGAGAUGUGGGACUAUAGUGAAUGUUGGAAGCGUUGUGGGGAAAAUUCCAACUCCAUGGGCAGGUUCUUAUUGUGCUACCAAGGCUGCAAUUCAUGCUAUGUCCGAGUCUUUGCGUUUGGAAUUGCGACCCUUUGGGAUUUAUGUGGUGCUGGUUAUGCCUGGGGCUGUGAAAUCCAACUUGGGAAAUGCAAAUUUGGAAAGAUUGGCUAAUCAUGAUUGGAAACUUUAUAAGGAUUUCAAAGAGGCUAUCGUUGAGAGAGCUCGGGCUUCUCAGGGGGAAAAAGCAAUGGAUGCUAAAGUUUUUGCGAGCCACGUGGUUAAGAGAGUUUUGAGUCCUAAGCCGCCUAGGCACAUUGCUUUUGGUCACAUGACUGGUUUGUUUAGGUUGCUUUCUUGGUCUCCUCUUUGGGUUAGGGAUUGGUUCUUUGCUACUCGUUUCGAUCUGAACAAGAAGGUGGUGGUCAAAGAUUAAUUAGCUAUAGCUAGAGUCUUUUGUUGAUUGUGUGAUUACAGUCGUAAUAAAUUGUUUUUGGGCCUUAAAUGUGCUUUUGUUGAUUGACAAUAAUUAAGAUUUCAACAUAUAAUGGUUGUGGAUUGAUUUAACAUGUUG